UUGGCAACAGAGAGACGCGGAGAACAAGCAGAAGAAUUGAGGCUCAGAGCUGCUCACCGACAAAAUGGCUGAAGUUGAUGACACACUGAAGAGGAUCGAAGCCCAUAAAGGUGUGAUUGGAACAAUAGUUGUCAACGCAGACGGUAUUCCCAUCAGAACAACUUUAGAUAACUCCACAGCAGUUCAGUAUGCAGGGCUUCUUCGCAACCUCACGAUGAUGGCCAGGAGCACAGUGAGGGACAUUGACCCUCAGAACGACCUCACCUUCCUCCGCAUCCGCUCCAAGAAACAUGAGGUCUUGGUUGCACCGGAAAAUGACUUCCUGCUGAUAGUCAUCCAGAACCCAUGUGAAUAGCUGCUGGACAUUUCCAUGAGAGCCAGCCUUUGUUUGGUCACAUGGUUGUUAUUUAUCCAGCAGAUCUUUAUCCACAGUGUUAUGUUGCUCCAUGCACUGCAUAAUCCCUCUUUUUCUACUUGGGACUCAAUUGUGUUUCCUUAAUCUACAUAGUGCAUUAUUUGUUUUAACUUUUUUUCUUUCAUUUCAUGUCUUUGUGUUGAUAUUCAGUAAAUCUAUGAAAUAAAACUUCCAAUACUUACCAGAUCA